UGAUGGUUUGGUGCUGUACGCAGCUGGUGGGCAGCGCAGUGUGGCCGUGAUGUCACUCAGCGUGUCAGACGGCCACCUGUUGCUUUUGUUGGACGGCGGAAAGAGGAAGGUCAGCAUGCGGAGCCGCAAGAAGUACAACGACAACCAGUGGCACACGGUGUUUAUAAAACGCGAAGGCGAGAAGAUCAGCCUUAUAGUGGACGGUAUCAGUGCUCAGUCUAAGAGAAUCCCUGGAGGAGACCGGACUCGUCUCGCUGGGCCUUUAUAUGUUGGAGGAGUCCCGGCCUCACUGACGAUGAGUCCUUGGUUCUAGGUAAUGUAAUGUAGGUCGGGAUAUGGAAAUCCAGCUGGACUCUGGGCUGCUGUUGCAUGCUGGGACGUCACCUGACCAACGCCUGAGUUUGGUUCUCAGACAGGUGACUGUUUCAUUAAACAGCAGCAAAGGUGAAUUCUCUACCUCCUUUACUCCUGAGGAACCUCUAUGUAAUGGACGCUGGCACACAAUCACAAGUGAGUUUACACCAACAAGUUAUUUGUCUCUGCACCCUAAAAAAUGUGACCAAUGGUAACUUAAUAAAAGUAUGGCAACAAAGUGACAAUUAUUAUAAUUAAUAAAAAGUAUUAAAUGGAUGAAUUAAUUAUAAACAAAAAAAUUAUGUAAAUUAUAAUAAAGGCAACAGUUAAAAUGUGUUAGAUUGAGUAAUAGAUCGCCAAAUUGUGAGUUAUAUAGACCAAACAUAUUUAGUAAAUACAAAUCAAUUUCACAAGGAAAAUGAUUUAUGUUCACUUAAAAUAUCAUCAAAAGCAAUUUACAUGUAUUGAAUAUUUUAGUGAAAUGUAUUUACAUUUACUGAAUAUUUGGGUAAAAGUAAUUUACAUUUACUGAAUAUUUGGUUGAAAUUGAUCUACAUUUACUGAAUGACAUUACAUAAAUGAUAUUAAAUCUAUUCAAUAAUAUUACUUGUCACUUUGUUGCCAUAAUCU